GUUGCGUUUUCCGUGGGGUUUCAAUGUGCCUAUUUGCUCCAUAGUUUAGCAAAUAGUGUUAACUUCUUAUUGUAGUAAUGUGCACGUUGAAAACUAUUUUUGUGAAAGAGUGGUGCAUUACCUUUCUGGAAGGAUAUGGGAAAUGUAAUUGAUUGUGUAAGGCGUAAUGGGUAUGUGUAAUUGCCACUGCCAAAAUCCGGCACACCACAACUCCACAGAAGAUUGUCAUGGAUACUCUUACAUCAGAAAUGGCUUACGAGGGCAAUCAUGGACUGCAAGGGAUCUAAUUGGCUGAAAAAAGAGAAGAAUGAAGUAUAUGCUGAAUCAGGCUCCUUGUUUCUUGAAGAUCCACUAAAGAUGCCUAGUCUUCAUAUAAAGCAUGACCCAGAACUGAAACAGGAUUUGGAUGGCACUGAACAUGAUUUUCUUGAAGAUCCACUAAAGAUGCCUAGUCUUCAUAUAAAGCAUGACCCAGAACUGAAACAGGAUUUGGAUGGCACUGAACAUGAUUUUCUUGAAGAUGACUUGGGAAUCUCUCGGUCAAAUGAUUUUAUCAAGAAGGAUCCUGAACUAAAUUUGAAGGUGGAUGAAAUUGAGAAUACUGUGGCAGCCUCAAUAAGAACCGCAUCUGAUAGUACAAGUUUCAUUCGAAGUGCUGGUGAGAACUGUGACACUUCGUUUCAAGAAAUAUUACACCAAGGAGUAGUCAACGACAAGCUGGAGAUAGAUUCAGAGAAGUCAACAGGUUUCACUGUGUGCGGUAGCUAUACCAAAAUACCGAUUUCACAAGAAGAUAGCUUAUUCAGCAUGAGAUGCAGUCGUAGCAUUAGGGAAAAGGAUUUUCACAAGUUUAACUGUAAUUUCUGCCUAAAGAGCUUCCCUUCCAAAUACACACUCAUAAUGCAUGUCUUCAACCACAUUGAUGGUGUGCAGGCACCUGCAUGUGUGUGUAAGUCAUGUGGUGAGGUAUUGCCCACUGAUGACCACUUGAAAAAACAUUUGAGAAUGAGUGAGGGUGACCAAGCAUUAUCUGCUGCCAACAGUGGGAUAUAUGACUGCAGUGAUGGCCAUGAAAACAAUAUCUCCUUGGAGAGUGUACAAGAAGGAAGCAUGGAACAGACCGUGAAGCAGUCUUCAUCCAAGGAAAGUAGGAAAACUUCCAAGAAAUCCUUUAAUGAUAUACGUGAUACACAUACUCUGACACAAGCUGCCGAGAAACCCGAAAGAUGUAAUGAUGAUGGAAAUUUAUCUACAAGUGAUAAUGUCAAUGUCCACAGCGUGCUAAGUGCAAAGAGGUGUCACAGAUGUGAUGUUUGUGCUAAAUUGUUUACUUUGUUAAGUGCUCUUAGGAGACAUCAAUUGAUACACACUGGUAAGCGACCCCACAAUUGCGACGUUUGUGGCAUAUCUUUUACACGCUCGAAUUAUCUUAUGAGGCAUGAGUUAAUACACACUGGAAAGAGACCCUAUAAAUGUAGUGUUUGUGAAAAAUCGUUUACUGAAUCGGGCAAUCUGAAGAAACAUCAACUAAUACACACUGGAAAGAGACCAUAUAAAUGUAAUGUUUGUGAAAAAUCGUUUAAUCAAUUGGGCAAUCUGAAGACACAUGAAUUAAUACACACUGGAGAGAGGCCAUAUAAAUGUAGUGUUUGUGAAAAAUCGUUUACUGAAUUGGGCAAACUGAAGAGCCACAAUUUAAUACACAGUGGAAAGAAACCCUAUAAAUGUAGUGUUUGUGAAAAAUCGUUUACUGAAUUGGGCAAACUGAAGAGACACAAAUUAAUACACACUGGAAAGAAACCCUUUAAAUGUAGUGUUUGUGAAAAAUCGUUUACUGAAUUGGGCAAUCUGAAUAAACACAAAUUAAUACACACUGGAAAGAGCCCCUACAAAUGCAGUGUUUGUGGAAAAUCGUUUACUCGAUUGGUCCAUCUGAAGAGACACGUAUUAAUACACACUGGAGAGAGACCAUAUAAAUGUAGUGUUUGUGAAAAAUCUUUUACUCAAUUGGGCAAUCUGAAGAGACACGAAUUCAUACACACAGGAAAUGGACCCCACAAAUGUAAUACUUGCGGUAAAUCCUUUAGUGUAGUGUACAAUCUCACGACCCACGUCUUCAUACACAAUGGAGAGAGACCCUACAAAUGUAGUGUAUGUGGAAAAUCGUUUAAACAGUUGGGCAAUCUGAAGACACAUGAAACCAUACACACAGGAAAGAGACCCUACAAAUGUGAUACUUGUGGCAAGUCUUUUAAUGCGAAGUCUAUUCUCAGGUCCCAUGUCUUGAUCCACACUGGAGAGAGACCCUACAAAUGUAGUGUUUGUGGAAAAUCGUUUACUCAACCAAGCCAUCUGAAGAGACAUCAAUUAGUACACAUUUAACAGAGAAUACACAAAUGCAAUGUGUGCGAUAAAUCUUUUUCACAACUGGGUCACCUAGAGACACAAAGAUUAAUACACGCAGGGAAGAGUCCCCACAAAUGUGAUACUUGUGGAAAGUGUUUUACUUACGUGGGUAAUCUCAAGAAACCUACAAUAGUACAUACUGGCGAACGACCGUAUAAAUGCAGUACUUGUGGAAAAUAGUUUAACCAAUCGAGUAAUUUCUAGACACAAGAAUUACUUCACAAUAAAAUAGGUUACACAGAUAUAUUUGUGGGAAAUCUUAUACUUAGGUUGAUCGUCUUGAGAAGCAUGCUAUAAUACACACUUAGUAGAGGCUAUUCAAAGCAUUGUCGAGGUUUAUAGCGUUACACGUGUGUUACGAAAAUUGUUUGCAUCUGCUAGAGAGAGGUCAUAGAAAUUGACGAAUCUGCUGCUUGAUGUUUCAAGAAGAUGCAUACUAAAUACUACAUAUGAAUCACAUGGUUGCGAUUUUUUUGUGAUAAAUGCUCCAUGCCUUAAUGAACUGGCUACCAGAAAUUUGUGCAUUGAGAAUACCUUUUACUCGUUUGGGUAGGAGUUCCAAGUGGUAAUAAGGACCCCAUCUUCACCAUGUGAAUGGAACAGUAUGUUGCCAAUUUUUUGAAAGAUACUGUGAAUUCAAGAUUCAUGAAGCUGUAUGCACUUGCCAGGUGACAGCGAAAUGUUCUUAUUAUACAUUCUUCACUCAGACUAUUUAUCUGAACAAUGGAGAAAGAUACAAAAAUCUCCUGAUUAUGCACACAUUUUACUGAGGUAUGCUUCCUUAAUAGUUGCUAUUUGUGUAGUUAAUAAUGUGCACACAUGCGACUCCUCCAUUAGGAAAUAACUGAUGGUGGCGAGUAUGCAGUGAUAAUCCAAAAAUUUCAAUCGUUUGCCUAGUAGCCUUUUGAUUCACCUUCAGAAAGCAAUACAAAAGCUCUUCUGCAUGUAGUGCAUUGGUCUACAUGUCUACACAUAGCUCACACAGUAGCCAUAAAUUGUAGGCUGUUGAUCUGUUGCUGUGUAGACAGUGUGCAAUAGCAUCCCAUAUUCAUUCCAUCAUGAUCUAAUGGGUUGAACAAGGUGGGCAAGACAAGUGUGAGAUAUCAUGCUGUUCAAACCAUUGUAGUGUGAUUAUGGCCCUGUGACUUGGACAGUUAUCCUGCUGCAAGAUGAUGCCACUGUCAGGGAAGUGAUAAAGAGGUUGCAAUAAUGUUUGUAUUGUCCACAGCUGUCAUGAUGCUUUUUCUUGUAUCUCAUAUGAAUAUACCCCAUAGCAUGACAUUGGCUUCAUCUUCCUGCCUCUGUUGUGUGGUACAUGUUUGAAUAACCAUUCAUCUGGAUAAUGGCAUAUCUGGGCACUACCAUUGACCUGGUCGAACAAGAAAUGUCACUUAUCCCCACAUGUGACACAUCUUUAUAGGUAUGCAGUCCAAUCUCAAUUAUCGCAUUUCCACUGCUGCCGUAACUGACAAUGUUGUUAGAUCAACAUGGGAAUACAGAGGGGUUAUGUAACUUGGGGCCUCAUGCUCAACAAUGUCUGCAGAAUUGCUUGAGUCUUGAGCAUGCUCAAGCAUUAUCUCCUUUCUUCAGAUUGUCAUCGACACCACUUUCCAGAGUAGCUAGGCUCUGAUCUCCCAUUCUCUAGGUAAAUCACAAGGAUCCUACACCUUUUUGUCAACUUGUGGUUUCACCAUCUUUCAACGAUGUUCCAUAGAGGCUAACAAUUGGAGCACAUGAGCAGCCAACCAGAUUCGCUGUUAGUGAGAUUCAAUUACCCAGGCACCAGGCAAAACCAUCUGCUCUUUGGCAAAGUUAUUUGUCUGUGGUUUGUCACAUACUUUCACUAGAAUGAUUACCCAUUCGCAUCAGCUUAUACAGUUUCAUUACUGUGUAAUGAAUGCCACUGGGCAGCAUACAGCUGUCUUAUGGAAGUUGAUAUAAUGAUUUGGAUCAACAGUGUAUAUUCACACAAAAGGGUCAUUUGGUAAAUUGUGUAGUCAUUCAAAUUUUCAUGCUUUGUUAAAUUUUAUAUCAAUACACUACUGGCAGUUUGAGCUGUAUUUCUUGUGAAAUAUUUUUGUGUAGUACAAAGCACUGUACAUAAAUCUGAGUUCAUGAAGAGUAGUUAUAUGCAUGAAGUCUUUAAUUAUUUGUCUGUUUUUAAUCGUCAUGUAACUGCUGAACUAACAUACGUGGGAAAACUAUAUCAGAUUAUAAUUACAAUUGUAUAAAACACAAGGACAAUUGAAACAGCACAAAGUGUGAUUACUAGAAUAUAAAUUUAAUCCAAAUGCAUAAUUUUUAUUGUAAUAAGU